AUGGCGUCUUCCGCCUCGCCGCCCGCCGCCAGGUCAGAGAGCACAGGAGAAUCUCCUUGGUUCAUUGCCACUUUUGCUACCAACCACAUGACAGGAGAUAAGAGUCUCAUCUCCAACCUGGUACCUGUAAACAACCAAGUUAUCAAAGCAGGGGUAGGCGAGGGGAUGCAGGUGUGUGGCAGAGGGUAUGUGAACACAGAGACAGUGGUCCUCCCUGACGUGUGGUAUGUCCCAGGGCUCACAAUGAACCAGGUAUCCGUGGGGCAGCUAACCCAAGAGCCCGAUCUAAUUGUUGAGAUUGGUGGUGGUGCUUGUCGUAUCAGCAAGAAGAGUGAUGGGUCUGUUCUCGGUGAAGCACGUUUGAGGUCUGAUCAUAAGUAUGUGGUAGACUUCCUGAAAAUUAAGCUGAAUUAG